AUGCACAUUCCCACCCCGGAGCAGCUCUCUCAGGUCUCUGGAAUUCUGGAAGCCUUGCGGCCAGCGCCUCACAAGAAAGGGGUUGUCAAAGCGGCGGAGGAAGCGCUCCCUACGCAGGACGAAAUCUGCGCCGCUGGGCAAAAGUGUCGCGACUCUUUGCAGCUCGUUGCCCAGCUUCGUCAGUCCGGUGCCGAGGUCGGGCCACAUGUCGAGGACAACCACAUGCAUUGUGUUGCCUAG